UUGCUCGGGCACGAUUCGCAGCUUUUACCAAGCAGACGGACACUCGGACGGGUAGGAAGAUUUAACCUUAACAUUUAUUUGAUUCUUUGGCCGCUUGUUAGUCAUCAUUUAGCUGCAUUUAUGUUUUGGAAAUAUUCAUGGCGUUCACGGACGGUUUUCCCGACGGGCUAAUGCUUACGUUAGCUCGGGCGAAGCUACCAUUUUUCCAUUUCUUUAUUUAACUUGAUACACUUGUGCAAUUGAACUCGGAAGCGAAUACUUGUUCGCACUUUCCAGUGCGUAGCCUACUCGCUGCGAUUCUCUGCGAUCUAUCUACCUACCUCCUGCGUUCGACUUCAUAUCAACACAUCUGACCUGCUAGCAUGUCUGCUAAUUGUUAGCACAAGUACGUGUUAGCACAACUGCUUCCAUGUUGUAACAUGUCGGUCGACUGCAAGUCCCCUUGAAGUGGAUUCCUCGCGGUUGGACCAAUCUUUAUUUUAUUUUUUAUCUCUGUUGAUUGUUGACGAUGUUCUUGCUUUUACGAAGCGGUUCUCUGACCACGUGAAUCUUCUUUUCUACUUCGAGCUUCCUGCUUUGUGUCUGCAGAGGAUGUUUGUAUUCCGGUUGUCCUCCUCCACCUCCUCCUGCUCGUCCGCAUGCUUGCGUAGCAGCGGUCAGGCCGGGGUCGGCUGUGAGUGAUUGCUGGUCUCGGUGGUCACGAGCGAAGACCACAAUGUCUGCUUGUCCUUCACUCUCUUUCAGGACCCCACAUGCCUCUUGGCCUCCAGACUUGACUUUGCGCGGGAGACCUCUUGAACUUGUUCUCGCCGUCUUUGACCUGCGAUGGACGGAGCUUCGAAAGGGUUCGCACCGGGGCGGGGCCACCUGGCUGCCGCCGCCGAGUCCUUAAGCUUCAGCAUGAGCGAGCAACGGCCAGUACGCCAGAUGGGCGGCAGCGCUUCGGACAACCAGGACAGCGGCUCUCUCAUGCCUUGCGGCGGUGGCCCUCUUGGUGGCACCAUGAAGCUUUUCGCCAGCUUGGGGCUCUCACCCUCCGAUCUGGAUGUUCUGGCCCAGAUCCCUGAAAAGGACAUCAGUGUGGAAACGCUCCCGCAGAUCCUCCUGCAGCUCAAAAAUCGCAAGGCGGCCCGGGGGCCUUCCUCCUCCGGCUGGGAUGACGGGGGCAGGAUGCGCGGUGGCGCCGCCUCCUCUUUCGGUCACGGUUCGGGCUCUUCCGACUUUGGCUUUGCUUCUGUCAGCCACGGAAUUGGCUUGAAUUUCGGCGGCGGGAACCGAGAGACGUCGUACGCUGAACUUUUGCACCGCGAUUCCUUCAGCGGUCAGCAGGGGGCGUCGCUCUCCCAGAGCGCCUUCCCGCAGCGCAGGAAGGGCUCCCCGUCACUGGGAAAAGUCCAAGACUUUUUGGGAGCACCGCCUCCCCGAUUCCCACACGUGUGCUCUCUUUGUGAUUUUGACGUGCAUUCCAAUAUGGAGUGGACCCAACACACCAACGGACUCCGACAUGCUGAGAACAGGCGUGUGCUCCUCAACAUGUACCCCGAGUGGGAUCUCAGUGGGGCUCCAAGCAGAAGCCCCAUCAUGGAGUCCACCAACCUGUCGGCCGGUCUGCUGGGACCCGCACCCUCGGGGCCCGGCCCGGCGGCCAGGAUGCCGUCCAGUUGGGGAUCGGGACCGUCUCCGGGUCUCGGCAUGUCACGGCAGAACCGCUCGGAACCAGACGUGCUGAGGAGCAGGGUGGUGGUGGUGAAAUACGACAGGAAGCCACUCAGCAACAAAACGUUGUUUUCUUUCGCCGAACCUUUCGGUCGUCUCCAGGAGCACUUGGUCCUCAAGACCAAGGCGUUCCUGGAGUUGGAGACGCAUGAGGAGGCGAUGGCCAUGGUCAACUACUACCAGCAAAAUUCCGCUAUGCUCUACGGGAAGCCCAUCACCUUCUAUCUGUCAAGGAGGCUGGUAGUCAUCCAGAAGGAAGAUCGCUCGUCGGACCGAGCGCCCUGGGACGCCCCGCAUCGCGGCAGCCAGGUGGUCUUCUUCUCCAACCUCCCCAGAGAAGAAGACAAGAAGAAGGAGCUGCUGACGGUGGCCGCUCGCUUUGGCGUGGUGGAGAAACAUCUCUUCUUGACAGACCAGGGCUUCAUCCAGUUGGGACGACCCGAGGACGCCGAGAUGAUGGUCAAGUACUACACGGUCAAUCCGCUCACAAUCAAAGGGCGAGCCGUCCGCCUCAACAUCUGCACCAAGUACAAGACCCUCAACAUCAACCGCAGACAGAAGGAAUCGGGAAGCAACUGGAAGGCCGACAACAAGAGGAGGUCAUCUCCACCCCGCUCGCCUUCCAGUAGCCGAGACGACGAGAACAAAUCGGCUUCGGAGGGCGAGGCGGAGGGCGAGGCGGACGACGAAGUGGCGGCCGGAGUGCGGGAGGGGGAGGCUGAAGAUGAAGGCGAGGAGCAUCGGAGUGCCACGGGUGCUGACGAGGAGGAAAAAGUCAGCGAGGAAGAGGAGAAGGAGCCUGAGGGAGGAGACCUCGGCGUUCACAAUAAGGCUCCUGACGAUCAUGCGGAUAGCGUCGCCACGGAUGCUGACUUGAAGGGCGAUGAUGUCACGGGUGAGACGCCUGCAGAUGCGGGCGGCGCUGCCCAGCUGGGGGACGAGGCCAAGGAGUGGCUGACCGAAGCGGAAAGUCACCUCGAGCAGGCAACGGGGGAGGAUGAGGACUUCCUGGAGAACAUGGAGGACUUUGUGACACUGGACGAGCUCCCCGACGAGGACGAGAAAGAGGCGGCGGAUGAAGACGAGUCCGACGACAUUGACCCGUCCAGGAAGGGGGGGCUACGGGUGGUCAACAUCCAGGGCUUCAGGCGAGGCUACAAAUUCCUGGACGAGUUGCUGGGACUGGCUACACCCUUCGGGAAAGUGAUAAAGCAUCUGGUUCUGGACUGGAGGCCCGAGGCGUUCCUACAGUUUUCCACCGAAGAAGAAGCUCGGGCCAUGGUCAAGUUCUACAACGGCAACGUCAUGGCAUCGGUAUGCGGACGCCCGGUCAGGGUCAACCACUCUUUGACCUACCCGACCAUCCAGUCCGGCAAAGGCAGGGUGGUGUACGUGGGUCAGCUGCCCAACGGCAAGUACGAGGAUGAGGAUGUCCUCAAAUUGGCCGAGCCCUUUGGCAAAGUCAAAAAGUAUUUCCUGAAUCCCAUCAAGAGAGAGUGUUUCCUGGAGAUGGAGAAGGCAGAGGCGGCAGAUGAAAUGGCCGAAGCCUACAAAACCAACCAGCCAAAGUUGAACGGUAGACGUCUCCUCGUCUACGUCAGCAGGAAGUACACGCAGCUCAAAUACGGCCAUAGCUGUCCCAGCACCACCAAGAGGGCGAUAAGCGGCUCAUCCUCCAAAUCCUCUGAAGAGCCUCCAGCCAAGAAAAUAAAGGAGAAAGAGGAACGCAAAGAAGAAAUGAAGAAAUCCAAGGACCACGACGACGAGACGCCAAAAGACCUCAAACCUCAGGAGGAACAAGAGCAGCCAAAGUCCCAAGAGGAAAUAACGCUAAAAGAGGAGGAGGAGGAGGAGGAGGAGGAGACGGCGGCAACGGACAAACCUGAGGCGGACAAACCUGAGGCGGACAAACCUGAGGCAGACAAACCCGAGGCGGACAAACCUGAGGCAGACAAACCCGAGGCGGAGCUUGAAGAGGAACAGAAGAAACCACAAGAAGACGAGCAAAUGGAACCUCAGGAGGAAGAAGCUGCACUAAGCUCACCUGUGAAGAUGGAAGUGGCCAUCCCAGAGAAGAUUCCGGAUGUUCCCGUGUGCCAGGAACCGACGGAGGAGCCGUUAGCCGAUCAGAACAAGGCUGCCCCCCCCUCGCUCGUUGAAAGUAAACCCGCGGCGGCUUUGCCGCUGCCACCGUAUGACCCCGACAAAGCUAUCGGUGUGGAACACAUCAAGAUGGGUUACUACUGCCGCGUCUGUCUCCUUUUUUACUCCAACGAGGACGUGGCCAAGAAGACGCACUGCAGCAGCCAGAUGCAUUAUGACAAGUUGCAGAAACAUCUGGAGAAGGAACGAAGCAAAACGGAGAAGAAGCGAGCCAAGAAGCCCAGCGCGUGACUUCCAUUUCGCAACAGACUCAUUUUGGUUUUUCUUUAGACACUGACCUUGAAAGAUAGACGUUUUACAUUAGCUUAUUGUCAUGUGAUGUUGCCACGUCAAUUUCCAGUGUGUGUGGACUUAAGUUAGCAUGUUUUACAAAAUAAAUGUUUUACACACUUCAA